GCUGAAUCCUUCAGUGAAGUCAGAUUAAUCAAGAAGGGACAAUACAGGAAAGAUCACCACACACCAUCAACAUCUGGCUCUUUAAUCAGGACAGUAGAGCUGAAGGAAGGAGAGUUUUAAAACAACAUCUGAUGCAAAUGUCAGUUUAAAAAAAAAAAAAAAAAACACCACAGGAUAGAGACCUUGUGAAGUAAUUUCCAAGUCAUGUUAUGCAAUAUUCUGUAAAUAAGUGUGAAUCUGUGAGAUAGACACCGUAGGAGAAGUUGUGUGAUUGAAGGGCUUCAUGUUGCAUUACAGAAUGGAAAGCUGUGUUAUUUCACCUUUAUCAGAAGAAAUAAUUCCGUAUGACCAUGGCGGUCGACCGACAUACGACUUCUACCAAUAUCUCAGUACUGACCCCGAAACUCAUCCAGUCAUUUUUGUGUCAGAGAGUGGAUGGGACUACACAAAUGUUCAUGUCCAACACAGUGAAUUUGAGCCACCGCAGGAUCUUCAGUAUACUGAAUUGCACCCAAGCCAAUAUCGCUUUGGAGAUGUGGAAACCUAUCACCCAUCUGUAGAUCCAGGGAUGGCUGUAGUUCCUCCACAGUACACUUACGUCCAUCACCCGCUGUAUUUACGGUCCCCGGUCCCCCACUGUAGCACGGAUGAUGAGGACCCUGGGGGUCGCAGUCCACCCUUUGAGGUGUCAGAAGGUGACGAGGAUAAUGAGGGUCACCCGGGAACCUCCAGCACUCUGUCAGGAAACAAAAGGAAAGUUCGUCUCUAUCAGUUCCUCCUGGACCUUCUGAAAGACGGAGACAUGCGGGACUGCAUCUGGUGGGUGGACAGAGAGCGAGGUGUCUUUCAGUUCUCUUCCAAACACAAGGAGACUCUGGCCAGCCGCUGGGGACAGCAAAAGGGCAACCGCAAGAAAAUGACCUACCAGAAGAUGGCCAGGGCGCUGCGAAACUACAGCAAGACCGGCGAGGUCAAAAAGGUGAAGAAGAAACUGACGUACCAGUUCAGCGGUGAGGUGAUGAGGAGGAUGAGUAUGGAACGGAGGCAGUAUCAUCAAUGAGAGAGGACAGAGGGCACUCAAGAUCCAUCUUCUCUUGCCCAUAACAACAUCUACUUGUCUUCUGUCAAGCAGUGCACAAUUUGCUGUAAAACAUUCAAUCUCAGGGAUUGUCAUUAUGAAAUAAUAUAUAUUUAGCAGACAUUGAACAAGUGUUCAAGUGUCCUUUUGUAAGCGAAGGGUAGACAAAUACGUUCAGUGUGAGUUAAUCUACUCAGCCGAGUUCAAUGUUAAAUUACAUUUAGGCUUUCCUUUGUUAACCUGGGUCAUGUUUAACGCUGGUUUAACUGAGGGUUAGUAAUUAAUCUAGGUAGUCAGGAUAUGACAUUUCACACUGUACAUUGUUAACCCUGGGUUAAUGUUUUUCUUCGCAUAUUUACGAGGUUAAUAAUGAUUUGGAGAAAUACGGCAUGUAACAAGCACAUGACUUGUUUUGUAACUGCUUGUACAUCUGUGGAAAUGUCUCCAUGUAUAUGGACUAUUUAAUAAAUAAAUAAAUAAAUAAAACCCUUCAUUACUUUA